CGGCAACAGGUGUACUAGACACACACAGAGGUAAACUGUUUGAGAAAGAGAAAGAGUCAGUGGAGAGAAGAGAGCCACUCCGGGGCUGUACAUAUAUGCGGACAUAAGAACACUCCUCCUACAAUUGUGGAUUACAAUUCAGUGGCACAUUGCCUGAUCCUGUUGAAGAACCUGGACUUUAUUUUCUCCUGAUUCUAAACCAGCCUCACCAUGGCAACCUCCAGUGAGCUCAGUCGGAUCCUGAACAACGCAAACGGCGCGGUGUACCCCACCGAGCUGCUUCCCCUGCCACCCAUGCUGCACACAGUGACCUUCCCUGCCUCUGGCAUCAACAAGACAGCCCAGCUCACGGACCUGUCAUGUGGACACAUGCUGGGUCCUUGGCAGCAGGUGAACCCUGUUUACUGGACCAAGAAGAACGUCCUGGACUGGAUCGAGUACCACGUGGAAGACAGCAAGUACGACGCCAGCCUGCUCAACAUGGACUACUGCUACAUAGAUGGUGUCAGUCUUUGCCAGCUGUCCCGUGAGGCGUUUCUCAACAUGUAUGGCGACCUGGGAGAGAGGCUGUACCAGAAUCUGGAGCGCCUCAGGCUCAAGCAUGAUAUACCCUGUGACCUGUCAGAUCCUUUAAACGAAACCUACACCCUUCUGACAGACUUCCUGGGCAACUUACCACAGAUCCCCACCUUCCUGAACGAUGAUGGCUUUGGACUCCUGGACACUGUGGUCGUGGGUUGUGCAGACAUCAAGAAAGAGAGGGAUUCCUGCAAUUACUUCUCUGGAUUCAGUGGUGACAUGACUGCCCUGAGCGAUGGUUAUGAGUCUGGCUCUUCCAUGUCUGACAGCCAUCACAGUUCCCCCAUGGGGAGCUUAAUGAACCCCAGCUCUCCAGAAUCCACUGGAAGUGAAUCAGAUCCAGAGUACAUGGAGAAGCAAUUCUCCAUCAACAAGAGCUUUGUGAAACAGGAACGUGGUGUGCAGAAGAGAGGAAGAGGAAGACCCCCAAAGAUCAACAGAGGCAGUGACCACUACCUGGAGACCAAAAAGAGCAAACAUGCGCCGCGAGGCACACAUUUGUGGGAGUUUAUCCGUGACAUUCUCAUCCACCCGGAGAAGAACCAGGGCCUGAUGAAGUGGGAGGACCGGCGCGACGGCGUCUUCAAGUUCCUCAAGUCCGAGGCCGUGGCCCAGCUAUGGGGCCAGAAGAAGAAGAACAGCAGCAUGACCUACGAGAAGCUCAGCCGUGCCAUGAGGUACUACUACAAGAGAGAGAUCCUGGAACGUGUGGAUGGGCGCCGGCUCGUCUACAAGUUUGGGAAGAACGCCAGCGGCUGGAAGCUGGAGGAAGUGAGCCUGGGAAUGUGAAGUGUCAACAGGCGGGGUGGAGUGGAUGAGAGGGGGAGAGGGUCAGGUAGCAGGGGGGAUGAUGACUGUCUGACACUUUUGGGAAAAGAGGUGUCCUCUGACACCCCUCUCUGCAAAGGGGACAAAAGACUGAAACUCAAAAAAAAGUCCACCCAAAUCCAUCUCCUCCCACCUCCAGGAUACAAAAGACACAAAAUUCUCACGUCCAAGAAUGUGAGAAGUGGUGUUGCAGACAAUGUAAGCCAAUGUUUUUUUGGCUCAAGUAGGUUUUAUGAACCAAUAAUGUUGUGUGAGUGUAUGUGUGUAUGAGUACUGUACAUAUACUCUUUUCCCAUGUUCAUGUUCCCUAAGGUGGAUGGAAGCAUGGUUAGUUGUCCGAUUAUUUGUCAGGUAUUGCUAUUGACAGGCCUUGCAUGUCUAGGUGCUCCUCUCGACUCUGUCACUUUGUGUUUAAUCUGAGGGAUUUCAGGAAUGGAUUUUAGUCAUCCAUCUCUAAAACCUCAGUGCUGAUAAGAGAGGCAUUUGGACUUGGUUUGAAAUACUUUACCUUUUUUUAAGUCCUGUUUGAAGCACUACCUGUAUAUAUUUACCUGUAUGACUUUAUGGUGAUGGUUUUUGAACAGGGACUACUGUUUCAUGCACUAUUGUUAUAACGUGUAGAGAGUCCAGAGUUGCCAUCUUUCAUGCCUAAUCUGGAGUAAGGCAGAGGACCAAAGCCUUAACAUCACAUUGCCUACUGAAAUUGUUUUACCAAGUUCAGUUUUUAGACAGCUUUAGAAUUCAUGUGAAUGAUUAGGUCUAGGCAAAAGAGUUGGCAACUCAGGGAGCCUGGUUUGAGAUAAACACUAGGAUGAGUGAAUAGCGGAGAUGAAAGUACUGAGACAAGCAAGAGAGAAAUGAAGAGAUGAAACACUCAGGGUGAGAGAAUAACUGUGAAUAGUCAUAUGAUGUAUGACAUCUCUGUUUUACUUUAAAUAUGCAUAUUUGUAAGCUCACCUUUAUAAAUCAACAACAAAUUAAAACUUGGCUAUAGAUGAUUACUGCUUUUUAUAUCAAAAUCAUUCAAUAGCUUGUCUUGUAUGAGAGUUAAAUCUCAAAUGUGUAUCAUUUACAGUUUCUGUAUGAUGUACUUACUUUAAUGUAUGGCAUAUUGUUUUUUGUACAUGUCUUUGCUAAAUAAAGUUAAUGACAACAAGA